AUGGCUUUCAAGAGUGCCCUUCCUCCCUUUGCAAAGCGCCCACGUGCGCAGAGUAAUUGGCCCGACGCGAGGAGCAGAUUUCUUUACGCUCUCCGAGAAAACUUCUCGGUGUCGACGUGGAUCCUCCUUGGGGCUCUGCUACAGUCACUCAUCGUCUUUAUCAUACCGCGCUUCUAUGCCAUGCUUCCUUCUCUUAUUGUGCUUGGAGUCCGUCUAGCAGAUACAAUGGCCAUUACUCUGGGUCGAAAGAAAAACCACUACCUCGAUGAAGCUCUUCCGUACCGCGUUUCUCCGCAAAUCCCGGACGAGGAUGGCACUUUUCACGAGGAAGCAUCGGAAGAAAAGCUUGCUGUUUUCAUGCUAGGAGCCAAGGUCAAUCACCCGCUUGGAAUUUUUGCCCCCAACGUCAAGACUAUCGGCGACUAUCUGAGCCAAAUGAUCCGGGAUCUCGAGGCUGAGAAUCCUGAUCUUGGCUACUACGGUGGUUCCAACUGGACGAGCCAGGAUAAAAACGGUGCGACAGAGCUCAUGAACCUGAGUUACUGGCGGUCGGCCGAAGAUAUCCACAAAUUUGCGUACGGCAAGCUGCAUCGCGAAUGCUGGGACUGGUGGACUAAGACGAUCAAAGAAAACGAUCAUAUCGGCAUCAACCACGAAAUCUUCGAGGUGGACCGCAAGCACUGGGAGGCCAUCUACGUCAAUUUCCAGCCGACGAUGCUGGGCGCCACGACGUAUCUGAGAAAAGGCGACAAGAUGGUUGGUGGCACCGUCGAAGACCAAUGGAUCUCUCCCCUUGUUGACGCCAGCAGGGGCAAGCUGAGGAGCAGUGCCGGUCGACUGGGCCGACAGCCAGGGGAGCUCUAUGAAAAGCAUGGACUGGCCCCGGGUGCUACUUACGACGAGUAA